AUGGCUCAACCUAAAGGUGACAUGGGACUGAUCGGUCUGGCCGUCAUGGGCCAGAACCUUAUUUUGAACGCGGCUGACCACGGUUACACGGUUGUCGCAUUCAACAGAACGGUGUCCAAGGUGGACCACUUCAUGGAGAACGAGGCCAAGGGCAAGUCAAUCAUCGGUGCGCACUCUAUCCAAGAGCUGGUCGACAACCUGAAGAGACCUCGCCGUAUCGUGCUGCUGGUCAAGGCCGGUGCCGCGGUCGACGCUUUCAUCGAGCAGCUGCUACCCUACCUUGAGAAAGGUGACAUCAUCAUCGACGGUGGUAACUCGCACUACCCAGACACUAACCGUCGUUACGAGGAGCUAAAGGGCAAAGGCAUCUACUUUGUCGGUUCCGGUGUGUCCGGUGGUGAGGAAGGUGCCCGUUACGGUCCUUCCCUGAUGCCCGGCGGUGCCGAGGAGGCGUGGCCACACAUCAAGGAGAUCUUCCAGGCCAUCUCUGCCAAGUCCGACGGCGAGCCUUGUUGCGACUGGGUCGGCCCUGCAGGUGCUGGUCACUACGUUAAGAUGGUUCACAACGGUAUCGAAUACGGUGACAUGCAGUUGAUCACCGAAGCUUACGACAUCAUGAAGCGUGUUGGUGGUUUCUCCGACAAGGAGAUCGGUGACGUGUUCGCCAAGUGGAACACCGGUGUCUUGGACUCUUUCUUGGUCGAGAUCACCCGUGACAUCCUCAGAUACGACGACAAGGACGGCACCCCACUGGUCGAGAAGAUCAUGGACUCUGCCGGCCAAAAGGGUACCGGUAAGUGGACCGCCAUCAACGCUCUGGACCUAGGUAUGCCAGUCACUUUGAUCGGCGAGGCCGUCUUCGCUCGUUGCCUCUCUUCUCUAAAAAGCGAGAGAAUCAGAGCCGCCUCUAUCCUGCCAGGCCCAGAGGUCUCCAAGGACGCCAUCAAGGACAAGCAGCAGUUCGUUGACGACUUGGAGCAGGCUUUGUACGCCUCCAAGAUUAUCUCUUACGCACAGGGUUUCAUGUUGAUCCGUGAGGCCGGUAAGACCUACAACUGGAAGCUGAACAACCCUGCCAUCGCUUUGAUGUGGAGAGGUGGUUGCAUCAUCAGAUCCGUCUUCUUGGCUGAGAUCACCAAGGCCUACAGAGAGAACCCAGAGUUGGAGAACUUGUUGUUCAACAAGUUCUUCACUGACGCCAUUACCAAGGCUCAAUCCGGCUGGAGAAAGACCAUUGCCUUGGCUUCCACCCAGGGUAUCCCAACUCCUGCUUUCUCUACCGCUUUGUCCUUCUACGACGGUUACAGAUCCGAGAGACUUCCAGCUAACUUGUUGCAAGCUCAACGUGACUACUUCGGUGCUCACACCUUCAGAGUUUUGCCAGAGUGCGCCAGCGAGGACCUCCCAGAGGGCCAGGACAUCCACGUUAACUGGACUGGUAGAGGUGGUAACAUUUCCGCCUCCACUUACCAGGCUUGA